AUGCGUCUCCCAACCAUCUCCGCGCUUUCGCUUCUAUUCCUUCUCCCCUCAACUCUCGCAACCCAUCUCCUUCUCACAAUCCCGACGACUCCCCAAUUCAAUCCAUCAACUCUCCCACCCUCCACCCACGCAACUCUCAGCACCCUCUCCCACACGCACACCGCGCCUCUCACUCCCUCCAACUCCUUUUCAUUCCGCAACCUAACAAGUGGAUCUUAUCUCCUCACCAUUUCCUCCCCAACUCACGCUUUUAUCCCUCUUCGAAUCGACACUCAUCCUGCUUCCUCGGAGUCAAAUCUCAUUCCUAUCGAAGCUUUCACUACUUUCCGCGCCAACGAAUGGAGUAAUAAGGGAGAAAAUAUUCCGGUUUCUAAGCUUGGAAAUGACAAAUAUACUGCGGAGGUUAGGGUUCUCGUCGAAAAGAAUUAUUACCUUGAGCGCGUAGGCUUUUCGCCGUUGAGUUUACUGAAGAAUCCAAUGAUUUUGAUUGCUGGGUUCAGUAUGGUUAUUGUGUUUGGAAUGCCUUAUCUCAUGGACAAUAUGGACCCAGAACUCAAAGCCGAAUUCGAGGAGCGACAGAAGAGUGGUGGUGGACUUACAGGUGGCGCUAGUGGCGCAAAUCCAUUGCAGAAUUUCGAUGCGGCGGCUUGGUUGGCUGGAUCUGGGGGCAAGAAGAACGAGGGGAGUGCUUCAAGUGGUGGAAUAGAGGUUAUCAGAUAA